CCUACUUAUUACUACUUAUCUAUAAAAUACGAAUACCACUUAGCUAGUUUGGUCAUUGAACUUGCUUGAUCUCUAGUACAUUCACGUCCAAUGGUUGACAAGUGCAUCAACAAUUGAAAGUUACCCGAAAAAUGGGAAGGGAGAACCGGGCAUGUCAAAGUAAACAACACUUCAGCCACCCCCAUAUAUUGAAACUUAUCAAUCAAGCUGAGAGUGAAAAUCUCACUUGCAGUGCUUGUGAGCAACCAAACAUUACUAAUAAGCCUAAUUUCUAUGGCUGCAAUAGCUGCCAAUAUAUCCUUCAUGAAUACUGUCUCAAUGCCCCACGUUUUCUCGAUCAUUCUUCUCACCCUUCCCACCACUUGACCCUUCUCCCACUCCCGACUUACUCGAGUCGUUCCUAUACUUGCAAUGCUUGUGGCUCUGCUGGCAAUGGGUUCAGCUUUAGCUGUGCCCAUUGCGACUUUGAUAUCCAUACGCAAUGUGCCCUUUUGCCCCAAAAUGUCUUCCUAUCCCAUCAUCAUCAUCAUGAACUUGAGCUCAUUUUUGAAUCCCCUUUUGAUGAUGACGCGGAUGAUGAAAACAUCGUUUUUGUCUGUGAUAUCUGUCACGACAAUGUAGAUCUUAAAAACUGGUUGUAUUAUUGUGCUGAUUGUGAUUUUGGUGCACAUAUCAGAUGUGGAAUUUCCAAACAUGUCAGCCAACUAGAACCAAAACUCCAGGUAGUCAACAAACCAAGAGCAAAUCCAGUACUAACCACGACCACUGAGGAGGAUCCAAUCAAGAUACGAGAAAUCAAUCAAGCAGAAGAGGAAGAGGAAGAGGAAGAGGAAGAGGAAGAGGAAGAGGAAGUAGAAACGGAAGAGGAGGAAGAGGAAGAAGAGGAAGUAGAAACGGAAGAGGAAGACGAAGAAGAAGUGGAAACUGAGGAAGAAGUAGAAACGGAAGAGGAAGAGGAAGAAGUGGAAACUGAGGAAGAAGAUGAAGACGAAAAAGUAGAGGAAGAGGAAAUAAAAAUUCCAAAAUCAAUACUAAUUGACAAACACCUACAUGAGUUGGAGCUCUGCUUUGGUUCUCCAUACGAAGAUAAGGACAUCAUAUUUGUUUGUGAUAUCUGCAAUAUCAUAAUGGACUCGGACGAAUCAUUGUACUACUGUGCUGAUUGUGAUUUCGGGACACACUUGCAAUGUGCAUCUCCUGAUCCAAGUCCAACAUCAGAGCAGCGUCGAAAUAAUAUAAAUGCAAAUUCAGCAGUAGAGAUGAUAAAUUCAGUUAGUGAUGCUCAUGAGCGGCUUAUAGCAGCUCAAAUUGAAUCUCAGAUUGCGGCACGAUCAAGACAGGCUAUGCUGGAUUCGGUGGACGGGCCAUCGCGAAGACACUACUACUACUAACUGCUAUCAUGCAAUAUGCAAUUCGCAUUGAAUUCAUGUGAGUUUUCUGCAAAUUAAAUGCUUUGCAACAUUUGUGUUAUUUCCUUUUGGAGCACAGUUCUUUUUUAACUCUUGUAUUUCAGUUGUUCAUGUUUACAAGUUUCUCCAUCAAUGUUUAU